CCCGCCCCGGCUCGUUGCCGGUCAACUGUCAAUACUGGUACCCCUUAUCUCUUUCUUCUCUGACCAUGAACGCUGUCACGUCUGUGCUCUCCAAGGUGGGCUCGUCUGUCCUCUCGGCCUCGGCCACCCUCAACGCCGCCGGCAAGGGUAUGACCAGCUCGCAGCCGUCCGUCAACGCCCUCGAGUUUGCGGGCAACCAGUUGAAGAACAUGCCGCAGCGCUGGCAGGCGUGCCAGGCCGAGAUGGCCGCCAACUCCUCGUCCGGCACCGUCGGUGAGGCCGCCACCAAGGUCGCGUACGGCAUCCAGGUCGUCGGUGCCUUCUUCCUCGGUGAGAUCGUGGGUCGUGGCUCGCUGAUCGGCUACAACGUCGAGUAAGUGCCUGGACUCGGAUCCGGAUCUGGAAUGUCAUAAAGAGACCUCUCAUCGCC